AUGGAGGGCUCUGAGGAGCUGGAGAGCAGCCUCCUGACACAGCCCUGGGCUUCUGUUUGCCUUGGCGAGUCCACUUUCCUUGCCAAAGUGUGCUUUAGAGAUACUGGCUACAUCCUGCUGAUCUCUGACCUCAGCAGCGUCUGGUACGAGAGUGCAGAUGCCAAGGCCGUGGGACAAAGGUCCAAGGAGCUGAACAAGCGGCUGACAGUCCAGGUGUCUUCCUUCCUGCACCACUUGCGCAAGCUGAUGCACCCCUUGCUGGCAGGGCAGCCGGAUGCUACCACCUCCUUCUCCUACCACCACACUGCCAGCGGGCUCAGCCUGCACGUGAAGAGUGAGCUCUUAGGACUGCCCUUCCACUGGGACUUCCACUGCUGCCCUGCUCCUGUGGAGAUG